UUGGGCACGAAACUACUCAGGAGGUUCUUUAGAAAACAAGUGUGCUAGUUAAGAUACCAACCGGACUAUAGUAUAUUCAUUAUUCAAUUCAAUAGGUACAAGGACCAUAGGUCGGUCAUGUCUUUAGUCGUGAGACUGUUGAACAGCGGCAGAAGAUGGGAUUCGGCGGCAAGGGCAGUUCGUAACUUUUCGUCCAGGACGAUCGAAGAUCCGAUCGUCGUGACGGACGAAGGUUCGACUAUAGUCUGCUGGCAUCCCGAGAAAAGUUUCCCUUACGAGUGUACCACCCCGAUGCCCCUUUCUGCUCCGAAGCCCCUCCAGGUGUUGAAGAUGGCGCAGCCGAUGAAGGUCUUCAAACCGGCCCUAGACCAGGUAGAACGCGAAGAGCUCAUGAAGAUCACGUACACGACCAAACACAGAUGGUUUCCAAAGAAACGCUCCAGGAAAUUGAAGCUACCCAAGGACAGGGAAUUUUUGUAAAUAAUUAGCGAAAGAUUCAACUUUUUUUAUUAGUCCUUAUAUUUUGUAAUAUUUAAUGUAAACUUAAAAUACAUCUAUUCUAUUUUACUUGAGAAAA